AUGGCUGUAGAGAGAGAGGCAAAUGAGAUAAGUGAAGCAGUGAAAGGGCUGUUUGGGUUAGUGAGAGGGGAGCUGGCAGCAGUGAGGGGGGAGCUGGCCGCAGCAACUAAGGAGUUGGCAGCAGUGAAGGGGGAGGUGGCAGCAGCAAAGGGGGAGAUGACAUCAGUGAAAGGGGAGCUGGCCGUGGUUAAAGAUGAGGUGGCCCGACAGAAAGAGAGGGUGGUGAUGCUGGAGGAGAGGAAUGAGGUGUUGGAGAAUGACGUGAAUGAACUGAGGCACGCACUGGGAGUUGUUGGCGAGAGGAGUGUGGCUACUGCUGUUGUGGAGGAGGAAAGGGGGAGAGAGUUGGCAGCAGUGAAAGGAGAGCUAGCUGCAGUGAAAGGGGAGCUUGAGGCAGAUAGGGAGGAGGUGGGGCGACAGAAGGAGCGAGUGCUGACUCUGGAGGAGAGGAAUCAGAUUUUGGGGAAUGAUGUGAAUGAACUGAGGUGCGCACUGGGUGUUGUGGGCGAGAGGAGUGCAGCAACUGCUGCUGUGGUGGAGGAGAGGGAGGCACAGCUGGCAGCAGCGAAGGGGGAGCUGACCGUACUGAAGGGAGAGUUGAUUGGAUUCAAGGUGGAUGAGAGCGGAGUUGGCAAGGGAGAGGGAGGAGAGGAGGAGGGCGGUGCAGGAGUUGGAUUGGCCACGUGCCAUGGAGGAUUUGGCGGCUUGUAA